AUGUUAACAUUGAAUCGAAAAAUAAUUGAGGAAAAUUUGUUGAAUUCUCCAUUUAAAGUUCCCAGUGAUUCUUAUCGUUCAUCAAUUUAUCAGUUUUUCGUUCGUAAUUUUAUAAUCAAUCGAUUGAUCUUCAACUAUCGAUGGUUUCAUUUGACCUUUUCAAGUCUAACUCUUUCUCUUCUCGUUAUAAGGACAAUCACGUUCAUCUUAGAGAUAACCAAGAAUCUCAACUCUUCAGAAUUUGCGAUUUCUAUCUUCUUGGUUUUCACCAUUUCAGAAUGUUGGUGUCUUUAUGUUGUUCUAGAGAGCAUCGGGUUCCCGUCGACUUCAUUUGUCCGAAAUUUCGACUCCAUUUGGGGUCAAUUAAGAUGUUCUUAUGACGAGAAUGUAUACAAACAACUCGUACGCUCCACAUUCUCAGCUAAUAUCCAAACGGGGAUCGUUGAGGUAACUAAUUUGGCCUCAGUUGCUGCUAACAGUUACAUUGAAUACUUCGACGAGAAAAGAGACAAUAUAAUGAUCUUCAUCGGUGGUAAACUAAUCGAUAUUUUCAUCUCAUUACUAACCUUCAAUUUACUACGAGGAUUUUUUAUCGCCCAUAACUUCAUUAAGAUCGGACAUCAACAUGUUAACAAUCAGAUGAAAAUGAUAAUUGAAUCACCUCACGUUCCCGACUCGACUCUUUAUCGACUUCGUUAUGAACACUUUCAGCUAGUUCGUUGUGGUGAAUUAUGUGACUUGGCCUACAGACGUUUCGUGACAAUGUCUUGUUUAGUGGUCGUACCAAGUUCUAUCGUGAUUCUCUAUAAUCUGGCCUAUGUUGAUCUCACGAUUUCGAGUCAAGUUGUUUACUUUGUAAUUCUUUUGCAGAAUUUCAAUUUUUUCGUUUUCUUUUCUAUUCAUUUGAUCGGCUUCUAUUCGCACCCUGGUCGUGUUCGUGACGAUAUUUAUCAAUCAACUUUAAUCGAAAGAAGUGACAGUUAUAAAUCAGAAGCUUUACUUUUCAUGGAAUUGAUUGAUAAAAAUUCAUCAGGAAUCAAAUUCAUGGGAAUCUACUUGCUGACACCUGAUAUUGUGCCCAAUUUAGCUGCUUUUGUUUUCACUUAUGUAAUGGCGAUUCCGAACUUUUUAACAACCAAAUAGUUGACGCAAAAUGUUUCGUUGGUCGAAAACAAAUCGAGAGUAGAAAUGACAUGUU